CCCACCCUCCGCCCCGUGCUCGCCUAACGCAGGCACCGGCCGGCGGGCGCGGGGAGCGGGACACCGGUGGCGCUCGCCUCAGCGGAGCCGCCCCCUGGCCGCAGCCGCGGGCCACGCACUGCCCAACCCGCGCCACCCGGACUCCAGCCACCCUGCUGCCCGCAUCCAGUGCGCCGCGGCAGCCCGAGCCGGGACGCCGGCCCCAGCGCCCCGCAGACGGGCAGGCGACGGUGGACGUCCGGCCAACAGCCUGAAGCAUGGAUUCGGAUUCCGGGGAACAGAGCGAGGGGGAGCCCGUGACCGCCGCAGGUUCUGAUGUGUUUAGUUCAAAGAGUCUUGCCAUUCAAGCCCAGAAGAAGAUUCUGAGCAAAAUAGCAAGCAAAACUGUGGUCAACAUGUUGAUUGACGACACCAGCAGUGAGAUCUUUGAUGAGCUCUACAAAGUCACCAAAGAGCACACCCACAACAAGAAGGAAGCCCACAAGAUAAUGAAAGACUUAAUCAAGGUGGCAAUCAAAAUUGGGAUUCUCUAUAGGAACAACCAGUUCAAUCAGGAAGAGGUUGUUAUUGUGGAGAAGUUCCGGAAGAAGUUGAACCAGACCGCCAUGACUAUGGUCAGCUUCUAUGAGGUAGAAUACACUUUCGAUAAGAACGUGCUCUCCAAGCUCCUGCAUGAGUGCAAGGAACUGGUUCAUGAACUGGUGCAGCGGCACCUGACGCCCAGGACCCAUGGGCGCAUCAACCAUGUCUUCAACCACUUUGCUGAUGUGGAGUUCCUAUCCACCCUCUAUAGUUUAGAUGGAGACUGUAGGCCCAACCUCAAGAGGAUUUGUGAAGGAAUCAAUAAAUUACUAGAUGAAAAAGUCCUUUGAAUGGCUACUCUCCUCCUGGACUUUGCUGCUUUAAAGUUACAACAUCCAACAUGGUCCAGGUGAGAAUCAAGAAAACAAGCAGAAACCCUUGUCAAAGAUGUCCAUGUUCUGUCCUAUUCAUCCAUCUAAUGCUGAUGCUGAACUGAGCUCAAGUGUGUUUACUCCGUAGCUCUCUGAUGAGGUCUGUACUUUAAAUUGCCUGUGUUUGCAAGCCCAAAGGACAGUUCAUUUAUUCUAAGCAAAAAGGCUGCUUUGCUCAUAAUGAUGAGCUCAGUUCAUCUUAGAGUGGAAGGAGCCCUGGACCAGGAGCCAGAGGACAUGAAUUCACUUAUCACCUCUCCCAGUUACAACUCUGUCCUCUGUGUUCUGGAGCCAUGAUGCCUGUCUGCCUACCUCACAGGGCUCUUGUGAGGAUCAAAUGAGAUGAUGUAUGGUCAUGCUAAUGUUGAAAAGUCUAAUGUAAGAUUUUAAUAUUUUCUCUCUGAGUGUGAAAGGGAUAAACCUAGGUCUAGAUCGUUUAGCAGCAUUAAAAAUGGGUCAGGCUUGAAUCUCUCUCUAAAUAUGCUGCUUCAAACAAAAUAAAAUUAAAUCCAAAGGUGUGAAAAAGUAUGCUUAAAAAUAAAAAAAAAAUGUCUUUAAAAACAUUCUUUCUAAGUUGUUUAGGUCUUAGAUGAGCAGACUUAUAACCCAGUGGAAAGAAAGUUUCCACAGGGUAUGGAGAGAGAGUUUUUGAGUCAUAACACAGAAGCAGAGGAACACUAUGCUCCCCCUGCAGGACCAGCCUUCCCUCAUGAAGGGGCUCCAUCCUUUUGACCCAGGGAGGCUUUAUUCCAAUAAGCACAGGAGAGUCAGGCAGAGUGAAACCCUAUUCAUCUUUCUUGGCUUUUCAUGGUCAUUUUGUGCUGUUUUCUCUGAUUCAUUAAUAAAUUCAAUUUACCCUUC